AUGCAUCUCAAUGAAUAGUUUAACUUCACCUUAUUUCAAGAUGAGUGGAAAGAGAAUACAUAUAAAACCAGUUCUUGAAAAUAUUCAGGGUGGAUCUUGGGAACCAACCAAUUGGGAGCAGGUUUAUGACAAUAUAUUAAAAAUGAGAGAGAAUAGAUCUGCCCCUGUUGAUACAAUGGGCUGUGAAAGGUCCCAUGACAGCACUGCACCACCUGCAGUUCAGAGAUUUCAAUGCCUGGUCAGUUUAAUGCUAUCCAGUCAGACCAAGGAUGAAAUAAACUUUGCUGCAAUGACAAAGCUAAGAGCGCAUGGACUGACUGUACAGAAUAUUCUUGACACAUCGGAUGAAAAACUUGGUGAGUUGAUCUACCCUGUUGGUUUCUGGAAGAGGAAGGUUGCCUAUAUUAAAGAAACCUCCAAGGUUUUGUUGGAGAAAUAUAACUCAGACAUUCCUGACACUGUUGAAGAUCUUUGCUCUCUUAAGGGAGUUGGACCAAAGAUGGCCUAUAUUUGUAUGAAUGUUGCCUGGGGAAAACCAACUGGAAUUGGGGUGGACACCCAUGUUCACAGGAUUGCUGGCAGAUUGGGAUGGACUGAGAAAGAAUGUUCAAAUCCUGAAGCUACCAGAAAAGCGCUUGAAUCCUGGCUACCUCAAAGCAGUUUGUAUAGAUGGAUUGAGAUAAACUGGCUACUGGUUGGGUUUGGUCAGCAGAUCUGUGUUCCCGUCGGACCGAAAUGUGGAGAUUGUCUGAACAGAGAUAUCUGUCCUGUUGGAAGAAACUGGGUUUUAUCUCCGAAGAAGAAAUCUUCUCCGAUAAAACGAAUCAUGAAGGACUAAGAGUACUCACAGUUUGCCUAUCUGUUUCGUUACUUGAACCUACGUUUUAAAUUUUUGUGCUCAAUUGAUGUAAAAACACGGUUCAUAGAUCAUACUUGAAAUAUUUUCUCUUACAAUUUUCUCUAUGUAAUCAGUACUAAGACCGUUCUUGAUGCAUUCAACCUCUUCAGCCUACAGAUAAUUUAAAAUUAUCUAAAUAGCGUAUUUCUUAAAACUACUUAAAUCUUAAAAUGGCGUCAUUAUUUCUAUCUAAUCCAGUACACUGUACACUAGUGUACACAUUGACCAUUGUAGUUUUAAGAUGAAAGGCAUUAACAAAUGUGACUAAAAUGCAACAUAAACAAGAUCACUUGUGAAAAAAAAACAUGAAAAUGAACGUUAUUAAUUGUUUCAGAAAAA